GACCAUCGAAGCACCCCCAACGUGAGGAAAACAACUCAGCGAGUAUUUACCAGCUCAAAUGUUAUAGUUAAUUUAUGGUUCUCUCGCAUCAAUUAUCAUGGAGGUUGUAGUAGAAAUAAUAAGGUUAAUAUUAUCAGAUUAUUUCGGAUGGAACGAAGAAGAAAUUGCUGAGUUGUGGCGCAGACAGCAUGGUCGAAAUGGCAGUAUUGUUCGAAGGAUUGGUAGUGGUAUUGAGCAACGACCGAUAUUUUUUACUAAGAGAAGUAUCGUUCGAGAGAUCGGUAGUAGACUCCCUUUGAGACCUGUUAAACGACCACAUUUCCACCAGAUUACUGGCCCCUCAAGCCAAACAGUGCCUGGUGGUACUGAAUGCGGUGACAUGACAAUGCAGUCAUUCUCAGAUGCCGGCUGGAUUAUGGGACCAUCUUACUAUGAUGGUGAAGCAAGUACCUGUACCACGCCCGAUCUCACCUUUGGCGACCACACCAUGGAAAUGGAUGAGUUACUCUCAUUGGAUGAGGGUUCCGAUGAGGAACUGGAGGCAAUUUGCACUAAUGACAACCAGGAAUCCACAUUGAUGAAGGAAGAUAAAACUAUGGACAAUUCAGUUGCUAUACAGAAGAUAUCUGCUCUUGAGGAGGAAUUGAAUAGAUUAAGACUUCAGAUUGCAUCCCUUGUUGCUAAUCCUCCAAGCACCCCUGCCCCUACCCCUGCGCCCCUUAGUUCCACACCCUGCACACCUUUUGCACCUCCACCACCACCACCCCCGCCACCACCACCUGCACCUGGUAGCACGUCUGUCAAGUCUGUUGUCGACAUCAUCAAAGAGAAACGCUCCCGCAGGAUGACUGUCACAGGAUCAGCUGAUCUGCCAGCUAAUGGCCCCAACAUGUCUGAUGUUCUGAAAGGGCUUGGUUCUGUGAAACUCAGAUCUGUGCAAAGAUCUCCAGGCGGUACCCCUUUGAGAACAAAACCUCUUCCCACAGAGGGCACUGACCCUGCUUCAAUCAUCGCACAAGCACUCAAGAAAAAGUUUGCACACAGAAGAAGACUAAGUGAUGCUAACUCUCCUGCCAAUUCGCCAGGAGCUGACAAAGAGAACUCCUCAUCUUUUAGCCCAUCACCUCAAAAGCCAUUUGGCCCUCACCUCUUGAAACCAAGUAAAGCAAGAAGACUUUCUGGUGGAAAAGACUUCAGUAGAAGAUCUCAGUCAAGUCCUCUGGUUGAUGUCAAUGUUUAAUCAACAAUACUAUUUCUAUACGAUACCAACUAGACAAUGAAGAUUGAAUUCGAAUGAGCUAUAAAUGUAAUGGGGGUUGCAUAUGUCAUAUGUUAGAAAUUGUUAGAGAUGCAAGAAAAUAUGUUUUUUAAGCCAUAUUUUGUAUUUCUCAUGAUUGUAGCUUUUUAGUGAUGUUUUAUCAUCUUAUGCUUGGUUAACAAACUCACAAAACUUUGUGAGAUGUUUGUAAAUAUGAUAAAUGAAGUGAAAUGAAUUUA